CUAAUAAUGUGGCCAGUGAGUGUAUUUUAAUGUUAAUGUUGCUGUUACAACUAUUAUUUGUAGUUGAAUGAUGUGCCCAUAGGUCCAUGACUGUCACCGCAGUCACUUCCAUUCAUAAAUGCUGCAUGCCCCGGGGUCACGUGAUCAACGCGCUGUCUAAUCACGUCGUGCGAAUGACGUGACGCAGGAAAUUCAAAGUUGUUAUCAACGUUUUUGUGCAGAGCCUCUUGUGUUGUUUGCAUCUGCUGCUUAAGCCUAUGAAAGUUUACAAAUGUUACGAAUGUUCGUGUUUUCACAUGUGUGAAGCGGGUUUUCAGUAUCAGAAUGGAAGGAAAAGUCAUUGGACCAGGUCCAUACAGGGCAACGAAGCUGUGGAAUGAAACCAUUAAACUCUUCCGUGGAGGCAUGCCGUUGAGAAGGCACUGGGCACACUUCCGCUACUAUGAUAGCAGUUUCACAGGAUCUGAGGCUGUGGAUUACCUGCAUGAUCUGCUGAGGGACAACUACAACUUUGGGCCCGAGGUGACUCGCUACCAGACCCUGCAGCUGCUUAGAAAGUUCCUCAAGGCCCAUAUUGUUGAAGACAUUAAAGGACGUCACGGGACAGAGGACUUUGAAGACAGCGGCCAUCUGUAUAGGUUCCCUGCACUGUCUCCCUUGAAGUCUUUUCCAACAAAGCCUCUGUUAAGAGACAACAUUGACCUACCCAGACUCAUCCGCUGGGAUGAGUUUGACCUGCCAUCUACAUUAAUCUGCACUCAAGAUUUGUGGAAUAAAAGGCACAGUGUAGCUAUUGGAGAUGUACAUGAAUGCAAGCUCAUACGCAGGAAGGAGAUUACUCCAAAACAAGUGGACCACAUCUGGAAAUCGAUAACUGUAGCGAAUUUGCAGAGAGUGCUGGGCCUAAAGUCAUUGGAUGGAGUUUUAAACCCAACACAUGUGAAUGGCAAACACAUUGUUCACAAUGUGUUCAGUGUUAAUAAGACAGGCAUAGUCAUAUUGGAGAACAAAGCCGAGGACAUGCCCUAUUGGGUUGUAUCAGCAAUGAAAUGCCUCGCCAACUGGCCUAAUGGCAAUGAGACCAGACAGCCAGUGUACCCAGGUUUCGAGAGGGACGUUCUGAGAACAGUGGCAGAUUAUUUUCACAGACUCAAAGAACCCUUGCUGACUUUCCAUCUUUAUGAAGUCUUUGUCAACAUUCUCAGUUUGCUGCAGGAGCAGGAGAUAGCCACUGAAGCUCUUCAAGUCAGCUGUCUCUUACUGCCACCGCCCAACCGCAGACGCCUACAGCUUUUGCUACGUCUCAUGGCCAGAGUCUGCCAGAAUCCCCACCUGCCUCCGCUCAAUGACACCAUUGCUACCUGCACACUGAUGGUACAGAUUUUCUCUCACUGCGUUCUGGGCUCAGUAGAUGAGAUGGACUUGGACGAGCUGCUAGCCACCAAACUGGUGACUUUCAUGAUGGAGCACCACAACACCAUCUUCCAAGUGCCCUCCAAGCUGCAUAGCCAGGUUGAGGAGCAACUGUCCCACUUGAAACGAGUUCGGAUCAAAUACGCGGGUUCAGAUACAGAGUUCAGUGCAUCUCCAGCCUUUUGUAAACAGAUCAGCAGGGUGGGGUCUGAGGAACUGAAGGCGAUAGGUACCCAGACACCCCUGCAGGAGCUGCUGGAGGGCCUGAUUGCAGACAAAGAACUCCCUGCCAAGGACAAAAGGAAAAGGCUUAAACAGUUCCAGAAGUUGUACCCAGAAGUCUAUCACAAUCGAUUUCCCACUGAGGAAAGCAAAGCUGCUGUCAUACCUGAGAAAACCCCUGGACUCAAAAGUCAUAUGUUCUUCAACCUCAAGAAACCUUUCCAGCCUUUUCAGAGGAGCUGGAGUUUUAGAGCAUGAUCUGCCACUGCUGUCACACCUAUACAGGAUGUAUACACAUCUCAACCUCAGUGUUGUGAGAGACAGGACAAUGUGGCUAUAAUGUGCUGAUGCACCAAUACCAGUAUUGGGUUCAGCACCGCCCUCUGCUACUCGUACUCAUAAAAGUCUUUGGAUACCAUUUAAAGGCAACGUUGCAUCAACCUCACAGGUUGAACAAAGGUUUAGGUGGAGGAUGAGGAAUUCCAGUGGUUUAGAGAUAUUUUAAGAAGUGAUGAUGACAAUAGUAGUGUGUGGUGUAGAGUUAGUGCUUUGGAAGAAAAAUGACACACACAUAACCAUAACUGCUUUGAACCAGGGAGCACACAAUACCUGUCCUCUCCCACCUGUUUAUUACUAGGAUGCAGCACAUGUACGUCAUCACCAUGCGUACAGAGUACUUUCAAAGACAGGUAUAUUAGCGUACACUGUAAUACCCUGUUCAUACUUGUUCCACUAAACCCAAACAGUACUCAUUAUGCCUAUUGCCAUGAGUUGUUGUGAUUAAAACCACAGCUAGUUUGAUGUGGUUAGCGGUCAAGUACAAUGAGCUCUUUAUAUAAAUCUUGAAUUCUUGUGGACAUGGAGGCUGCUGUUCUCAGGAGACAGGACAAUGCCUCAGACAGUUUGCCAGUUUAAUAAUAGAGCAGGCACCAUUUUUCUUAAUUGUGAUUGUAAACUGCACUCCUACAAAGGUUAAGAACCACAGUAUUAGCUACAUUAUAUUGUGUAGUACUGAAAUCCAGCCAGUUCCGUGUUACACAUAAUUGCAAUGGCGGCAGUGCCAUGUUUGUUUACACAGAAAGUUACAUUUGCGGAUGUCAGCAGCAGCCUGCUGUUGUGUAUUUUAUUGAAUCAGAAAGUAAACGAUGGAUGACUGAGAAUCUGCACGGACGAGAUCUAAUAAGAAUAAAAAGACAAAUUAUUGCUCCUUAUUUUCAUUUGGAUUUCUGUAGUAGAAUAAGUGCUUGUAUUGGUACUUGGUAUUGACAGGUGCUCAAAUGUAAGUACUUGUGCUUGGUCUUGGAAAAAAUGGUAUCGCUGCAUCCCUGCUGUGAUGGUGCUUUGGUCACGGUUUUCCUCAGGUUAAUCACUAAAUAACAUAUUUAGAAAUAGUAACUUGGACUUGGUAGCACUGUCAAAUUAAGAUAAUUUAAAGGGCCACCUAAAUUAUCUAAUAAUUAUAGGGCAUUUCCCACUUCUCCCAGUGGUAUCAAGGCAUGCAGAUAUGUAGUUCUUUU